GAUCGAUCGGCGCGUGAUCUCCGCCAAGGGGCGUCGUCGAGCGACGACAAUCCGUCGCAAGGCAGCGAUGAUCGGUAGAUCUCGCGACACUCGCCUUCUUGCGAGUGGAAGCCGCUGAGGAGCUGUCCACCUUUAUUUAGUCCCAUGGACGCAAGCAAGGCUCAUCCUCUGCUGCCGCUGUUCGCCAGUUCCAUGUUCCUCACCUUCGGAGGGGCUCUGGCGGGCGGCUGGCUCAUCUCAAGAAAACCUGACAAAAGGCAGCUGCCAGACGGUUCGUGAGCCAACACAAACAAAUCACACACUGACUGACCCUCUGGCGUGUUGAUCUGUCAGAAACGUCCCGGCGCGAGACGUUUGACAAGAAGGCCCAUCGGUGGGACAAGGACGUCAGGACCGAUGAAUUCGUAAGGGGAAGGGAUGGACUGACUAUCUGACGAUGCGAUGCAGCACCACGCGAUCACUGCGGUUGUCCGCUCUCUGCCUUGCGUACUCGCAGUUUAUGGGCAUCGGCCGGUGGCGCAGAAGCAUGUGCGAAAGGGCCGAGGGGCACGUACUCGAGACGGCCGUCGGUACGCACACAACCGGGGGAGGGGGGAGGACGACAGCAUGCAAAGUCUUCUGCUGCCCCACCCACCAUCAGGAACUGGUCGCAAUUUCGCCUUCUACAACACAGCCAAAGUCAAAUCCGUUGUCGUAAGCUGACACUGCAACACACGAAGUGGGAGGGCUGACGGUGCGUUUGUUGUGUCGAUGGGGUCAUGCGCGUGGUUGCCUGGAAGGCCACCGACUUCAGCCGCAAAAUGCUCAAAGUCGCAUCGACAAAGAAGAGUACACAUUCUCGCACAGCGCUGCUCUAGCUGUGUCUGAUCUGAAGCCCUUUUCUCUCUUUCAUCUGCUGUCUGUCUGUCUGUCUGUGCACCGAUCAGAGUUCCUCGACCCGAUCCCGUCCCGCUUCGUCGCCUCGAACUCUCUCAAACUCGACUUUGGCGAUGACACCUUCGACACGGUCGUCGACACAUUCGGUCAGCCGAGGGAAAGGAAUGAGCGCGUGGGUGAGAGCUGGCCCAGUGAAAUGGACCUGUCUGUCGCCUUUACUGCAGGCAUCUGCUCCUACGAGAAGCCUGUCGAGACAAUCAACGAAAUGGCCAGGGUACGGGAGGGUGCAAACAGAACACGGCAAGGCAGACAGACGUCUGAGCACAGGUUUUUGUGUCGCGCUACUCGUGCAGGUGAUGAAGCCGUCGGGGAAGAUGCUCCUGCUGGAGCACGGUGCUGGCACGGGCAAUGCCAUCAACUGGUGGCUGAGGUCCAACCUUGUCCACCACGUCCACAAAUACGGAUGCUAUCACAACAGGCACGCACACAUGACAGACAGACAGACGCUAGUAUUGCUUGGCAAACUAAAUGUGUCUGUAUCUUUGCAGGAAGAUCGACCACAUCGUGAAACUGGCGGGCCUUGAUGUCACUGAGGUGGAGAGGAGACACGCAGGUACACAGGGAGAGAGAGAGAGAGAGAGAGAGAAGGAUCCACGAGUGGGGCGGACGUGCUGCUGCGUUGUGGUGUCUUGUGUUGUGUUGUGCGUAACAUCAUAAAGGAACGUCCUACAUGAUCAUCGCGACCAAGUCGUGCAGCGGCGCGCCGCUCAUGCGCACCCCGUCACAGCUCAAGGCAGACGAGGAGCGUGAGUUGAGCGAGGCGACGGCCGAUGAGGUCAACCCCGAGCGCUUCUUCGCCCUGCCGGGUGCGGCCUUCCGUGAGGUCUAUGAGGACCUCCCGCCCCCCGAAGAGCGGUCCAUCAUGGGCAACUUUGCGAUGUCCAUCUACGAGGACCUCGCGAAAAAGGUCCGCCUCAUUUGGCCAGACAAGAAGGAUGAUGAGGAUGAGGACAGUUUUGAGGACGGUCGUGAAGAGCAAACACUCGUGCCGUCGGCCAGUGAGAAGGACAGCGAGUGACUGGCAGUUUGGGGGGGG